GAGCAAAAAAGAGGGGCUCGAUCGUUAAUGAUAAACUUUCCUAGCUAGUUGACAGAUAGAUUCCUCCCCCUAUUUGCAUUCAAGGCAUUUGGUUUUUUUCUCCCGUUGGGUCUUCAUUUCUUCCACACUUAAUUAAAAUUAAAAUCUCAAAAGAGAGAGAGAGAGGAAAGGGAGAGGGAGAGAUGUUGGAAGGCAAAGGACUGAUCCAAGACACAGACAUGCCACUGAAGAUGCAGAUGCAAGCCAUGUCUUGUGCCUCUGAAGCCCUUGAUCUCUUUGAUGUCCUCGAUUGCAAGAACAUAGCAUCCCAUAUCAAGAAGGAAUUUGAUAAGAUGUAUGGGCCAGGAUGGCAAUGUGUUGUGGGCUCAAAUUUUGGGUGCUUCUUCACAACUAAUGUGGAAAAAGAAAAAAAAUAG